AUGUCUUCUGUCAAGAAAUUGGAUAAAAUCGUCGCCGACUUAGUCUCGUCUGCUCCACCUGGAGAAUUAGCGGGAGUUGCGGAGAAUUUGAACAUUAUCCUUGACGGUGAGCAAACGUCACUAGUCAACCAUGAACUUGAAGCCCACAUAAACGAGAGCAUUGCCAUAUAUUCGGACUCGUACAUUGUAUCCAAGUACAACAGGGACCCACUGACAUCUAAAUACAUCGACCAUGUGAAUAAGAAGCUUUUCAACAUUGAUUUGGCGACAGGUAAGGUGAUUGACGUGGAGCUGUAUAAUGACGGUGGAUCCGUGAGCUACCCAAGCUACUUCGCUGGUCUUGUAUCGAAGCUUGAACAAUAUGGGGAAGACCACUUCCCAUCUUCAUAUGCAUUUACUGUUAUCCCUGGCGAUAACGGACAAUUGGACAUCAUUAUCGUGGGGCAGAGAUUAAACAACGAGAAUUUCUACACGGGACAAUGGAAGGCUCACUACAAGUUGAGUGAAAGCCAAUUAGUCGGUGAUAUCAAGCUUGACAUUCAUUACUACGAAGAUGGUAAUGUUCGCUUGAAUUUCGACGAAAGGGCAGAAGAAUCCCUCGCGGGUCCAGCAAGUGGAAGUUCCAUUGUCAACGCUAUCAACAAGGUGGAGUCUAAUGCCACGAUAAAGAUCAUGGACCAGUUCAACGACUUGAACCAAAGAUCUUUCAAAAACUUGAGAAGGUUAUUGCCGGUCACAAGGUCGAAGAUCAACUGGGGUAAGGCGAUUGGUAACUAUAGAUUAGGUUCUGACGUUGUGAACAGCAAAUAG